GCUCUUUGCAGCCGCCGCCGCCGCCGCAGCCUCCCCCUCGGCGCUGGGGGAACUUUUCUACUCUCUGUGACCGUCUCCCCCACGGCUCCCGGGGGCAAGCCCCCGCCCCCCUGCCCGCCCCGCCCGCGGCGGUGCUCCCAGCCCGAGCCUCUGCGCCUUGGGAAGUUUAUUCCGCCCGCCCUCCUCCCCUUCCUCCUCCUCUUCACCCCGCCUCCCCGCCCUCCCCCGGCUCUUUCCCCGGGUGGCUGCCGCUGCCGCCGCUGCUGCUGCCAGCCUGCUCCUCGGCCAGCCGCGCCGGCCCCAGCGCUGGGAAGCCCCCGCCCCACGCACCGCUCCGCCGCAGCCGCAGCAGCCGCCGCCGCUCGGGGCUGGCCCUCGUCCCCCAGCCCCCGGCCCCGCAGAGUUCCGGGCUCCCUAGCCGGCUGCACCGCCCCGCCCCGCCCCGCGCCGCGCCGCGGCGACCUGCAGCGCCCGGCUGCCUCGCACUCCGCCUCCCCCGGCUCAGCCCCCGGCCGCGGCGGGACCCGAGCCUGGGGCGUUGUUAAGCGUCGCAUUGCCAAAGUGAGAACCGCUGGAGAACUCAUAAUCCCAGCAGCGCCUCUUCUACUCCCCGGGUACCCCAGUGACCAGAGUGAGAGAAGCUCUGAAGGAGGGCACGUGGCUUGAAAGACGGUGGGCAGAUGUGACCAGGAGCCUGCGUUAAGUUGUACAAUGGUAGAUGGAGUGAUGAUUCUUCCUGUGCUUAUAAUGAUUGCUUUCCCCUCCCUUAGUAUGGAAGAUGAGAUGCCCAAGGUCAACCCCAAACUCUACAUGUGUGUGUGUGAAGGCCUCUCCUGUGGUAAUGAGGACCACUGUGAAGGCCAGCAGUGCUUUUCCUCACUGAGCAUCAACGAUGGCUUCCACGUCUACCAGAAAGGCUGCUUCCAGGUUUAUGAGCAGGGAAAGAUGACCUGUAAGACCCCACCGUCCCCUGGACAAGCGGUGGAGUGCUGCCAAGGGGACUGGUGUAACAGGAACAUCACGGCACAGCUGCCCACGAAAGGAAAAUCCUUCCCUGGAACACAGAAUUUCCACUUGGAGAUCGGCCUCAUUAUUCUCUCUGUAGUGUUCGCAGUAUGUCUUUUAGCCUGCUUGCUGGGAGUGGCUUUCCGAAAAUUUAAAAGGCGCAACCAAGAACGUCUCAAUCCCCGAGACGUGGAGUAUGGCACCAUUGAAGGGCUUAUCACCACCAAUGUUGGAGACAGCACUUUGGCAGAUUUAUUGGAUCAUUCGUGUACAUCAGGAAGUGGCUCUGGUCUUCCCUUUCUGGUACAAAGAACAGUGGCUCGCCAGAUUACACUGUUGGAGUGUGUUGGGAAAGGCAGGUAUGGUGAAGUGUGGAGGGGCAGUUGGCAAGGGGAAAACGUUGCUGUGAAGAUCUUCUCCUCCCGUGAUGAGAAGUCAUGGUUCAGGGAAACAGAAUUGUACAACACUGUGAUGCUGAGGCAUGAAAAUAUCUUAGGUUUUAUUGCUUCAGACAUGACAUCAAGACACUCCAGUACCCAGCUGUGGUUAAUUACACAUUAUCAUGAAAUGGGAUCUUUGUAUGACUAUCUUCAGCUUACUACUCUGGAUACAGUUAGCUGCCUUCGAAUAGUGCUGUCCAUAGCUAGUGGUCUUGCACAUUUGCACAUAGAGAUAUUUGGGACCCAAGGGAAACCGGCCAUUGCCCAUCGAGAUUUAAAGAGCAAAAAUAUUCUGGUUAAGAAGAAUGGACAGUGUUGCAUAGCAGAUUUGGGCUUGGCAGUCAUGCAUUCCCAGAGCACCAAUCAGCUUGAUGUGGGGAACAAUCCCCGUGUGGGCACGAAGCGCUACAUGGCCCCCGAAGUUCUAGAUGAAACCAUCCAGGUGGAUUGUUUCGAUUCUUAUAAAAGGGUCGAUAUUUGGGCCUUUGGACUUGUUUUGUGGGAAGUGGCCAGGCGGAUGGUGAGCAAUGGUAUAGUGGAGGAUUACAAGCCACCAUUCUACGAUGUGGUCCCCAAUGACCCAAGUUUUGAAGAUAUGAGGAAAGUGGUCUGUGUGGAUCAACAGAGGCCAAACAUACCCAACAGAUGGUUCUCAGACCCGACAUUAACCUCUCUGGCCAAGCUAAUGAAAGAAUGCUGGUAUCAGAAUCCAUCCGCAAGACUCACAGCACUGCGCAUCAAAAAGACUCUGACCAAAAUCGAUAAUUCCCUCGACAAAUUGAAAACUGACUGUUGACAUUUUCAUAGUGUCAAGAAGGAAGAUUUGAUGUUGUCAUUGUCCAGCUGGGACCUAAUGCUGGCCUGACUGGUUGUCAGAACAGAAUCCAUCUGUCUCCCUCCCCAAAAGGCUGCUUUCACAAGGCAGACAUCAUACCCAGCCAUGUGUUGGGGGAGACAUCAAAACCACCCUAACCUCUCUCGAUGACUGUGAACUGGGCAUUUCACGAACUGUUCACACUGCAGAGACUAAUGUUGGACAGACACUGUUGCAAAGGUAGGGACUGGAGGAACACAGAGAAAUCCUAAAAGAGAUCUGGGCAUUAAGACAGUGGCUUUGCAUAGCUUUCACAAGUCUCCUAGACACUCCCCACGGGAAACUCAAGGAGGUGGUGAAUUUUUAAUCAGCAAUAUUGCCUGUGCUUCUCUUCUUUAUUGCACUAGGAAUUCUUUGCAUUCCUUACUUGCACUGUUACUCUUAAUUUUAAAGACCCAACUUGCCAAAACGUUGGCUGCGUACUCCACUGGUCUGUCGUUGGAUAAUAGGAAUUCAAUUUGGCAAAACAAAAUGUAAUGUCAGACUUUGCUGCAUUUUACACAUGUGCUGAUGUUUACAAUGAUGCCGAACAUUAGGAAUUGUUUAUACACAACUUUGCAAAUUAUUUAUUACUUGUGCACUUAGUAGUUUUUACAAAACUGCUUCGUGCAUAUGUUAAAGCUUAUUUUUAUGUGGUCUUAUGAUUUUGUUACCGAAAUGUUUUUAACACUAUACUCUAAAACGGACAUUUUCUUUUAUUAUCAGUUAAAUUCACAUUUUAAGUGCUUCACAUUUGUAUGUGUGUAGACUGUAACUUUUUUUCAGUUCAUAUGCAGAACGUAUUUAGCCAUUACCCACGUGACACCACCGAAUAUAUUACUGAUUUAGAAGCAAAGAUUUCAGUAGAAUUUUAGUCCUGAACGCUACGGGGAAAAUGCAUUUUCUUCAGAAUUAUCCAUUAUGUGCAUUUAAACUCUGCCAGAAAAAAAAUAACUAUUUUGUUUUAAUCUACUUUUUGUAUUUAGUAGUUAUUUGUAUAAAUUAAAUAAACUGUUUUCAAGUCAAACAGUGAAAUUGUUUUUCAAAAUAUAAAAAAGGUCUGUGUAACAUUACGCAUUGUCUUAUGGGAGCAAUAGAAGCACAAAACUAAUUUGUAAAUUGAAUUUGCUUUUUAAGUCUACUAAUGAACUUACAUAAGACAUCAUAAGGAUGUUUUACAGCUUGAAUUUGGUAGAAGAAAACUUGUUCCUUCCCUUGGCUGUGAUGAUUUUUUUUCAGUCAGUUUCUCCAGCUGUGAGGUGAGGGUAACAGAUCUCUCUGACCUGGCUUUCUCGCAGGGAGUUGUGAGUGUACAUGGGAAGGAGGAUGUUAGAGCAGUUUGUUUCGCGUAAGGUCCCAUGUGAGUGUAAAGUGGUCUUCUGCAUCCCACCUUGCUGCUUGGGAGAGUCCAUUCUUGGUUUUUACACUUCUUAUACACAAGAUUAAAAAGGUAGACUUAACAGUAGCCCAAUAAGAGAAGAGGGGUGAACAUGCUGGAAUGUCUUGCAGAGGUAAGUUAAUAACUUCAUUAGGAUGCAUUUACUUGGAGGGUAUGCAUUAGAAUUGCAUUUUUUAAAAUUAAAAAUUAAAAUUUUAAUUUGUAUUACAGAUAACAUAAAACUUACUAAUUUUUAAGUGUGCAUUAAAUACUUUCAUCUUGUUGUGCUACUAUCACCAUCAUCUAUCCACAGAACUCACGUGAAACUGAAGCUGUAUCUGUCAAACAAUAUCUCCCCAUUCCUCCCUCCUUGGCCCCUGGCAAACAUUAUUCUACUCUGUGUCUCUAUGAGUUGAUUACUCUAAGCACCUCAUGGAAUCACGUAGUAUUUGUCCUUUUGUGAGACUGGUUUAUUUUACUUAACAUUGUAUCUUCAAGGUUCA